AUCGGUUGCUUUAUAAUUUUAUUUCAAUAAAUAUUUUGCGUUCGACGAGUGAAGAAGUUCAUAAAUAAAUUUCCUCCGCGCUCAAAACCAAUAAUUAUAAUAUAAAAAUAAAAAUUUAUCUCGCAAAACAUUCGUGCGUGCGCUUAUAUCGUGUAUAUAAAAAUCCAAAUUUUUCAUUUUUGAAUAAAUAAAUAAAAAAACACAAUGGCCGAAUCAAGCAAAAGGAAUAUUCCCAUCAAAUUAGGAGACUUCAGUGUAAUUGAUACAGAAUUCUCAAGCAUUCGGGAGCGAUUCGAUUCGGAAAUGCGCAAAAUGGAAGAAGAAAUGGCCAAAUUCCGUUCUGAAUUGAUGAAUCGUGAAGCUAACUUUUUUGAAUCUACAAGUUCUUCAAAAAAGACAACAACAACCAGCUCGACAACAACUAAUGCAGCAGUGCCUCAAGCCGCCAGACCAAAACAAAACUACAUUUCCGAUAUCAGUUCACCUUUGAUUCAGGAGGAUGGAGACAGCAAAGUACUGAAGCUAAGAUUUGAUGUCAGCCAAUACGCCCCCGAAGAAAUUGUUGUCAAGACUGUUGAUCAAAAAUUAUUGGUGCAUGCUAAACACGAAGAAAAAUCCGACACAAAGAGCGUCUACAGGGAAUAUAACCGCGAGUUCCUCUUGCCAAAGGGUGUUAACCCUGAAUCGAUUCGCUCUUCCCUCAGCAAGGAUGGUGUACUUACAGUAGAUGCCCCAUUGCCAGCACUUACCGCUGGAGAAACCAUGAUUCCUAUUGCACACAAAUGAAUACAAACUAACACACAAACCCCAAGAAUUAAUUAAUUUAAAUAUAAAAUCCCAUGAAAAAUAAAAGCAUUAAACGUACUAAUUCUAAAUAAUUUUUGUUCACAAAUCAAUAAUUAAUUUUAAUUUAUUUUACAAUUUUUUUUAUUUGUUUUAAAUUUAAUUAAAAAUGUAUGUUGUAUACCAAGUAAUUUUUAAAAUGUAAUUCAAUUCAAAUCCGACCUAAAUUAUUGUUUUUUUUUUUUUUUUUUGUUAAUUAAAUCCUGUUAAUGAAUUUUUGUUUUGCGUUUAUUGUAAUCAUUGUUAAUUAAUAAUAAAUUAAUAAACAACACAAGAAACUUAAUAAACUUUUAUAGAUAAAUGAGCUUUUUUUUGUUAAAAAAUCAUUGUUCACACCCACCAACUAGUAGACACAAAGUAAAUUCACAAAUUUUAAAUAUUAAAGAAAAACAUUGGUUUUCAAGUCGAUGGUUUUUGAAUUUUGAUUGCUUAAAUAUGAAACUGGAAUGUAGCUGUGUGUAAUUGAUAGAAAUAAAACAAAACAUACAAAAAUAUAUAAGAAAUACUCUUAGAAUAUUAUUACUAUAUGUGUUGGAUGUAUAGAUUACACUUAAUGUUAGGUGAAGGUGCCUGCUAUCGGUAACUACAUUAUAUUAAUUGUUGUACACAAAAACUAUACAAUAUUUUUUUUUAUUUAUUUACAAUGUUUAUUUGUUUUAAAAAAAAUAUAUUGCAAUAUAAAAAGUAUUUCUUUAGAAUGAAAAUCAAUGAAAAAAAAAAUAAACAUACAAAAACAAAAUAAUAAUGAAGGUAUUGUAACUUUUGUAAACAAAAUUGAUAAAUUUUUAAAUAAUAAAGAAAAUUUGUAACAUUAAA